UUCAGUUCUUCUUUGUUUGCUCUGUGUGAAGAAAAAAAAGCCCUCAAUCCCAACACCUCUGAUUCCUUCCAAAGUUCUCUACUUUUUCUCUCCCCGAAUCUCAAUGUCGAUUUCAUCUUCUUCUUAUUCCGGUGGGUUUCUCACGUCCGAGCCCUCAAAUUCGAUGGUGGCCUCCUCGUCUUCUUCUGGGUCUGUGAUGCCAACGCUGCCGUUAGGUAUGAAGAUGUCAUUCAUCCCCACCGAUUCACUGCUCGUCAGGUUUAUUCUCCACGAUUCUGCCCCGAAUUUUAUUAUUACUGAUUGCGAUCUAUUUGGCCAGGAAGAGCCCUGGGAAAUCUGGGACAGAUAUCUAGGGUUUCUAAACCAAUACAACCCAGAUGAACUUUACUUCUUCAUGCCUUCGUUAAAGAAACUGAGCCCUAAUGGUGGUUCAAGGAUCAACCGAACAAUUGGCGGUGGUAGUUGGACUCAGAAGGAGCCAAUCAAGUUUGUGUGCGACGAUGAGGACGAGGGCAGAUCAAUUGGGGUGAAGAGAAAGCUUAGAUAUCACAACCAAGGGUCAGAUCAACAUGUGCAGUGGUGUUUGGAUGAGUAUACUAGUGUUGAGGUUGCUAAUUCAUGUGCAAUUUUUCGGCUCCGGAAAAACGAGCGACAAUACAAAUCACUAUGUGGUAUUUGUGUGGAAGACUUCAUUCAGCCUCUACCAUUAGGAAGAGCCUUGGGAAAUUUGGGACAGGUAUUCCGUGGUUUUUAACAACUCAGACCUUUUGUACUUUUUCACAUCGUCUAUGAAGAAACUGGGCUCCAAGGGGAGGGUUUGUAAUUUUGGUCGAAGAGUUGGGUCUGGUACAUGGAACCAAAAGGAGGCUGCCAAAUUGGUGUAUGAUGAUGAAGGCGAGGCCGAUCAAGAAAGAAAGCCAAUUGGGAGAAAGAGGAAACUUAGAUAUGUUAACCAAGGCUCAGUGCAUCAUGGGGAGUGGUAUUUGGAAGAGUAUACAAGCCUUGUUGAUGAGGGUGCGAUUUUGCUUCUUCGAAAAAACGAGCGGUACAAAGCACCAGCUGCAUCAAUGUCGUCAGGAAUUCCAAGUGAAAAGAAGAGGAAACACGGAGAAAUUGAUCGAUUGGAGGAAAAGAAGCCUAGAAAGAAAAAAGCGUCGAGACAAAGCCAAACUACUACCAGUCCGACAAUGCCUAUUCAACAACGAGAACCUGGCAAUGGUGAUGAUAAUUUCGUGUUCUUCAAGGGUAUUGAUAUUGGAACAUGGGAGUUUCCUUCUCUGGAUGAUUUUGUCAUGGCUUGCCCUCCUCCACUUGCGGAAUGUGAUCAAGAAGCAUUAGCAACCCUUGAGUUUCCUUCUCUGGAUGAAUUUGUCAUGGCUUAUCCUCCUCCACUUAAGGAUUGCGAUCAAGAAGAAUUAGCAACCCUUGAGUUUCCUUCUCCAGAAGACUUGGCUUCUCCUUCUCCUCCUCUUGACGACUGUGACCAACAAGUAAUAGCAGCAGUCAAUAUUGAUGAUAAUCAUGAUCUCACGGGAUCCUGUAAUGAUGAUGAUAUUGCAACAUGGAGUUUUCCUAUCGUGGACUAUUCAUUGACUUCUCUUCUUCAAGGAAAAUGUGAUGAACAAGCAUUAGCAUUAGUCAACAGCGAUGAUUAUCUACAUUUCGUGAAAGAGGAUACUGGAGCAUGGUGUCCUGCUUUUGUGGAUGAUUUCUUGAUGGCUCUUCUUGUGGACUGUGAUGAACAAGCAUAG